GAGGCAUUUCGUCAUGUGUGAAGAGACAUCAUUUAUGCAAUGGUAUUUCAAUAGCUCACCAGUUCCACAAGAGAGCCAGUGACCCAAUAGGAAAGGGUGGUGCCGUGCACUGACAUAGUCCAUGCGCGUUCACGCUUAUAUCUGGAGUCGACUCAGCGGACAAGAAUCGAACGGAGCAGGUGUGCGCAUCUAGUUUGGAUUCAGGUCUCCUCUCUGUCAUCUCUGACUUUGAUGGACUUACUGUACAUGCGGAGCGUUAGUUCUUGACUGCGGGCUCUUGGUUCUGGUGGAUAACUCCAUAUGCGAGUUUAUUGCUCAGGGUGAAAGUGUCCUUCUUCAGAACACAGUUCGGUGGAGAUAUUCAGCAUGAAUACAGAUGCCUGGCGUUCACAUAGUGUGUCUGAUGAUUUGAGGAAUGGAGACUCCAUGACUGCUAAAGGCUUUCGUAAUGUCAGACCCAACCUGCAAGACAAGAAAUCUCCCAUACCGUUUCUCCCCUUCUUCUUUGCAGGACCUCUCAAGCUCCAUCAGGUUGGAUGGGGAGAGUUGGUGCACAGACUUUUUCAGAUCUCUCCAGAGAUGUUCAAUCGGGUUCAAGUCUGGGCUCUGGCUGGGCCACUCAAGGGCAUUCACAGAGUUGUCCCAUGGCACUCCUUUGUUAUCUUGGCUGUGUGCUUAGGGUCAUUGUCCUGUUGGAAGAUGAACCUUCACCCCAGUCUGAGGUCCAGCGCGCUCUGGUUUUCAUCAAGGAUGUCUCUGUACAUUGCUGCAUUCAUCUUUCCCUCGAUCCUGACUAGUCUCUCUGCCUGCCGCAGUCCCUCAUCCCCACAGCAUGAUGCUGCCACCACCAUGCUUCACUGUAGGGAUGGUAUUUGCCAGGUCCCACUGCCGCCCCCUCGGAGAGAGAGCUGUCACGUGAUUCCUAACCCCCCCUCUUACAUCUCCCUCCAAAUGCUCCCAGACUCCUCCCUCUCUCUCUUACAGAGUGAUGAUGUUGUUACCACAGACUCUUAUGCCAUAAAAUCUAGUGCCACCUCCUCAUACUGCUCCUCCAAGACCAACCGAACCUCCACUAUCACAUCCAGAGAUGCCUUCGAGGAGUCCCCCCUCUCCCAACAGGCUAAUGCUAAUGCUAACAGUUUUAUCACCCAGAUUCUGGAGAGCAAAUUGUCCACAUCAAAAUUCACCACUGACCACCUGAAUGCAGACUCGCAGGCUAAUGCUAACAAGAUAACUAUAAAUAAAACUGACCCAAAGUCUAAAACUAAGCCAUUCGCAAAAAUUACAUACACUAGUACACUUCCCAUUCCUCCACAGCAAGACUCCACUGGCACUUCAGAAACACACGUAGCCUCUCUCUCCAUCCAGUUCGCUCCCCGCACUCCAGAACCCCAAUCAGUGACCCAGUCAGGGUGUGAGACUGAAUCCAGGACAAAUGCACUGGACCCAGCUGACUCCAUGCCACCCUCUCUUGUACCACCAAGACUAGCGGGCAUUUUGGUGGGUCAGAUUGCAGUGAAUGGAAGCUCUCGCUCUCAAAGACACUUCUCUCCUCCUGCAUACCCUCCUUCUCCCCCAACCCUCAGCCCAGGCCUGGUAAAAGUCCGGCAGGGUUGGAGUUCAGAGGGUUCAGAGAAAUUCAAAAGAGAAACUGUGGUGUCUGGUCAGACAGUGGUCAGUAGCUCUGUGCCCAUGGCUCGUUUCUCAGAGGAAGAGAAGAGGAUGUCCAUCAUAAAAGCGCCUCAUUACGAAGGCAUUGGUCCAGUGGAUGAGUCAGGCAUUCCCAUUGCCAUUCGUACGACUGUGGACAGACCCAAGGACUGGUACAAGACCAUGUUCAAACAGAUCCACAUGGUUCAUAAACCAGAUGAUGAUUAUGCAGACACAUGUAAUGCGACCUAUGCCAUCAUAAACAACGACAACUACAACCCUGUCCAUGCCCACCCGCCACCUCGAACACACACCUACCGGCCUCUCUCUCGAAAUACCUCAGAAACGGCAGACGGUGCCAUCCACAGAGAGCUCACGCCAUCACCCGUGCCCCCACCACCCCCUCCAAUGCCCUCACUCCUCCAGCUUCGCUCUCGAGACAUGGACAGAGAGAAAGAGCUCUCACACGACCCAAAUGAGUGGGGUCCUCUAGAUCGUAAAGUGGACACGCGUAAAUACCGGGCAGAACCACGCAGCAUCUUUGAGUAUGAGCCAGGCAAAUCCUCCAUUCUUGAGCAGGAAAGGCCCUCCUCCCUCUAUCUCUUGCCUUCAGAACGGCCUGACAGACCCUCAAGUCCUGCUAGUGACUAUAGGAAAAGGCGAAAGUCAGAGCCAUCUUUCACUCAAGCCAACACAGAAAGUGAACAGAAUGCCUGCCCACUGGACUCCCAUAAAGCACAGACAUUGAAGAAGCCCACUAUACAUUCCUCUCCCUCCUCGCCAUCCAGAGUCAAAGACGCUAGUGAGUCCCUCUCCUCUUGUGUGAGCUCUCCAGGUAUGGAGCACUCAUCCUCUCAUCUCUCCUCUUACACCCUCUCGCUCUCUACACCAACCUGGCGAAGCUCCAAACGCUCCAUCUGCUUUAAGAAUGGUUGGCAGACACGUCAACCAGAAGCUGGAGAGUCUUGGAGCAGCGCUGAUGACGAAUCUGUCAUGGCCCAUUCAUCACCACGGCUCAAAUCACAGAGCUGUGAUGAUCUUUUGUCUGAUGGACAUGGUGCUAGUAAUGACAGGAGAGCAACCAAUUCUGUGACUACCACUCGCUCUGAAAGUGCGGGUUCUUUGCUCGAUGAAGGUGCUACAGAGCAGCCUCAAGUAAAAAGUCUUACCUCAUCCUCCAGGGGGCAUCGACAUCAUAGACACAAGAUGGCACAUGAUGCACCAGGUUUUCUACAGCUUUACAAGAAGAUGCACCACAUUGACAGAGAACAGCUGUUGCCCUCAGAUGUGAUUCGCUCAGUACGUGCGCGAAUCCUUGAACUCGAACGGCAACAUCAGCAGCAGAGGCACAGACACCAUGGUUGGGCACCUUUCGGUCACGAGGUACCACAACAAAUGGUUCCCGACCGCAUAUCUGCAUAUGAGCAGCUCAUCCAGAAAUCAAAGUCCAUGCCAGACCUUGGAGAUGAAAAUGCCCCUCAGGCACCACUACUCCAGGGUCAUCAAGAGCCAGGCUGUCCCAAGCGCCGCUUUUCUGUUGAAUCACUUUUGGAAGAGGAAGAUCCUCCAGAAAGGGCAAGGAGUCCUCCUGAGGGACAGCCAAGACUGGGAAAAGACAGCAAUAGCCUGGUGCCAAUCCUUGUGAAGAACCAACGGCAGCAUCAAGAUUACUCAGACAGUGAGCAGGAUGCCUGUGCCUCAGAAAUGAGUGACAUCCACUUAGAGGGAUCGUCAUUAUACAGUGAGAGCGACCUGGAUCAUUGCUCUCUCACCUCAUCAGAAAGCUUCUACGGUUCUGGGCAACAUCACCAUUAUCACCAUGGACACCGUUACCACCGUCACCACCACCUGCACCAGAGUGUAGGUCAGAGUCAAGGUUACCAACACCGCCACCUCAUCAGCUCCUGUAAGGGUCGCUGUCCGGCCUCUUAUACGCGAUUCACCACCAUGGUAAAACAUGAGCGCCAACAGGAAAGGGCUCUGCAAGACUCCUGCCCUGUCAUUACACAUCCACUAGCCCAACAGUCACCCAAUGAAUCAAGCCUUUCCAAACUGGCCUUCCUGGUCAGCCCUGUGCCCUUCCGCCGGAAACGAGGCUCCCCGCCCUCCCAACGACGACACUGCAGAGGCGGACGGCCCAAAUCCAAAACCGCAAUUUAUGAGGCUUUAGAUGCUGCUUUGCGGGACAUUUAUGAUCACAUAAGGGCGGAAAAGGGGCAAUUACCUGCAAGGUUGUCAGAUGAUAGCAUAUUGCGGCGGAUACUGGAGGAGUUGCUACCAGACGUGCCCAAGCGCAGCUCCUCAUUGAGGGCUCAGACAGGGUCUGGCUUCCCCUCCUCCUCUCACCACCUCCACCAGCCUUACCAUGGAGCCCACCAUUGUGCCUCCUACCAGCAGCAAUGCCAUCAUGCAGACGCCGCCAACAACAACCAGCACACUAAUGCUAAUGAACACUUCGAUUCAGAUCAGGGCUCUGAUACAGGUCGUCUCACACCACAGAGCAGAAGACCCACACCAGAAAGAGAGAAACAGUCUGCCAGGGCAAUUUAUGAUUUUAAAGCUCAAUCUGCCAAGGAACUUUUUUUUAAGAAAGGUGAUGCAGUGAACAUCAUCAGACAGAUCGACAGCAAUUGGUAUGAGGGGGAACACGGAGGACGGAUUGGAAUUUUCCCCAUCUCAUAUGUGGAGAAGGUGGCAUCUCCAGAGCGGAGGCAGCCAGUCAGGCCUCCUCCCCCAGCCCAGGAUCGAGAGAUGGGAGAGGCCAUAGCUCGAUACAACUUCAAUGCUGACACUAAUCUGGAGCUUUCUCUAAGAAAGGGGGAGCGAGUAAUCUUGUUAAGGAAGGUGGAUCAGAAUUGGUACGAAGGAAAGAUUCCUGGCUCAAACAAGCAGGGCAUUUUCCCUGUAUCCUAUGUCAAUUUGAUCAAGGGCUCUCCAUCCAAGUGCCCCAGUCACCAAGGAGACACGCACACAUACAGUGCACAGAAGAAAGGGAUGCAGGAUGCCCUGCAAUCAGGUGGUGACCCGUUCCAAGCUUUGUACAACUAUGUGCCUCGUAACGAAGAUGAGCUGGAGCUAAGGGAAGGGGACGUUGUUGACGUCAUCGAGAAAUGUGACGACGGCUGGUUUGUGGGUACCUGUCGAAGAACCAGGUUAUUUGGAACGUUCCCAGGAAACUAUGUUAAACCGCUUUAAAAAGAAGAAACAGUGGCACAACCAAGGCCACCUCACCUUUAAGAAAGUGUGUGUGUCUAGAUGUAUGUGUGUGUUCACAAACAAAACAGUUUUAUCUCUGCCAUUUCUGCACAGAAAAAACACUGACAUUUAUUUUACUUUGAGCACUUUGAUUUUUGUGCCAUCACACGUUCUCCUGGCUGUUUCUUUUUCUGAUAUUCUGACAACAGCACAAUAAUUCAUGUUUUUCUUAUUCUUAAGGCAAUAUGUUAUUUUCCAGUAUGAGGUAGUUUAUUGUUAGGAAGGUAAGGAUUCAGACAGCCAUGGUAUUGAGUGAGGUCAUCAGAUCUGUAUAAAUGUGACACUGAGAGCACUCAGACAUCAGUGUUGGACUGAGUGUGUAUGUAUAUGUACAGUUUGUGUGUGUGUGUGUGGGUGUGUGGGUGCGUGUGUUUGUGUGGAGUAAUAGUAUAAGGUUAACAGCUAUAGUGAUCACUGAUAAUAGAUGAUAAUUGGUCAUUUUAUUUAAAUGAGCUAAAGUUUAUAUUGUGGACAAUAGUUUGCUCUUGUGUAGCCAAAAUAAGAACAGGACACAUUACCCUUAUUCACAUUACUUUUAUAGAUAAUGAUACUUUUCCCAUAAACAUUUUUACAAAAUAUCAGCCAUGGAGCAGUUUACUGUUUAAGUGCCAAUCAUUUACAUAGGAAAAUUGUCAUAUUAUGAGUGCAUUGUAAGUAUUUAUAGAAGUUGUCACUAGGAAGAAAGUGCACUGACAUUCUGAAAGAUAAAUAUGCUUUUGUGGAAUAUGGUAACAUAAAUAUUUAAUUAAUGAACAUGUUUUCUAAUAUUUACUUGAGAAUAUUGUGAACAUACUGAGUUCUAGAACUGUAAAUCAGCUGUCAGUUAGCCACUUGACAUUUAAAAAGUAAUAAACCAUACAUAAACUACUAAAUAUUAAACUGUUGCUUGAUUUAGAAAAUAAUGGCAACAAUGCUAAUAACAAAGUGAGACUGCUAUAAUGUUUCAUUUUUUAAACUCAAGUUACAUUAAUUCACUAAAUUGAACGUAAAGGUCAAUUUUCUCAACAUUCCUGUCACUUUUUUCUUUGAUAGUUUUAUCAUAGUUAUUUCCCUCGAUGUCUGCAACUUCUCUGCCACAUUCCGUGUGAGAUUCACUCUUAAAAAAUGGAUUCAAAUAACACCAUAGAGAGAGCUGUUUUUAGGUCUUUGAUGAAUGUUAAAGUUAGUCAUAUGCUUGUUUGAAAUUUGAGUCAGUUCAUUUAAAUUAUGAAGGAUGCGGAUAUCAGUAUUUUCCGCUCUAAAUGUAUCACCUGUUUUCUCAUCCAGAAGCAUAUAGUUUGUGUUGCAUUGGCUUUUACGUGUACAAAUAUUCAGAGUGUGUGUGUGUGUGUGUGUGUGUGUGUGUGUGUGUGAGCGUGAGCGUGUAUUUAUCACUUUGUGGGGACCAAAUGUCCCCAUAAGGAUAGUAAAACCCGAAAUUUUUGACCUUGUGGGGACAUUUUGUCGGUCCCCAUGAGGAAAAAUAAAUCAUACUAAGUUAUGUUUUUGGAAAAUGUAAAAAUGCAGAAAGUUUUCUGUGAGGGUUAGGUUUAGGGGUAGGGUUAGGUUUAGGGGAUAGAAUAUAAAGUUUGUACAGUAUAAAAACCAUUGUCUAUGGAAAGUCCCCAUAAAACAUGGAAACACUACGUGUGUGUGUGUGUGUGUGAGAAUUUCACUGACAACAAUCUUAAAGCACCUUAAACAUUUAUUUGUUCUGUUUUUUAUUUAAUCACAACGUUUGUAUUUUCUAGCUCCACUUCUGUGUUGGCUAACAAAACUUUGUAUGACCUUUUGUAUUGUAUUUAUAUACAAUUCCACCCGCAUUAUAAAGUCCUUACUUUCUCAAUCAACAUCUUAUUUUGGCUUCUUUCAGCUUUUUUAAAUGCUUUUAUAAUUCAUCACAUGUGCCAAAUUUAUUGUACAAAUCCAACCUCUCUAUAGUUCAAGAUUUUUGGACUAAUAAAAGGACUUCUCUUCGCACAGGGAGGAUUCUCUUGCACAUUCUUGUCAAACUGGAGUAAGGACACAUGUUUUUUUUGUUUGUUUGAUUUUUUCUCAUCACUUUUUGCCUUUGUUACAGCCACAAACUACUCUCCUCUACUAAAGACAGUGGAUUUUUUGGAGGAUAUUUUUUUACUUUUCCAGUAUAGGCUUUUGACUGAACAACAUGUUAUUUAAUGUGUGUUUUGGUAAAAUGGUGAGCUUGAGUGAUCUAGUGUAACUUGCUCAGUUUCAUAUAAAGCUUUCUCUCUUUAUCUCUCUCUCUCUCUCUCUCUCUUUCCCUCUAUCUGUCUCUAUCUCUCCCCUUCUUUCUCCCCCUCUGUCUCUGCUCUUUUGUUUUGUUCUAUAUCCAAUAAAUUUCUGCUUAGUAAUUUAAGCCUAUGACUAUUUAUUGCCACUAGGUCUGAUAUAACUCUUGGAUUGUACUUUAGAUUAUUAUUUUUAGAUUAUUAAUUGCACAGGCAUAUCCCCUACAAAGUACUGUGAUGGUAUCAGAUGGUGUAACCAUGGUAUUAGCAUAAUACUCCAAGGUACUUCAAAGCAUACCGUGGAAUUACCAUGGUCCUAAACAAUGGUAAUACCAUGGUACUUUUAUGUAGGUUUUCUUUUGUGGAGUUUUUGUAAUACCAUAUCAACUUUGCACACACAGGUUUCUUUAGAAAGAGCUUGCAGCAGCUGAAAACAAAGAGAUAUGAAGAUUGGAUUUACUCUGUGACUAUUAUUUUGUUUGGCCAUAUCCCCAAAAUAUUUUCUGGAAU